AUGUCGGACUCCUUUGCAGAUUUAUGGAGUUCGACGGUACCCUCGACGAAGCCUGCACCUCAGAAGUUAGGAUCGUACUCCUCUACCUCCAGCCAAGGCGUACGACGAGCCCAAAUUGAUGUCUUCUCUCUACUUUCGUCUGCAGGCUCGUCAGCACCUGGAUCCCGCUCAAUGACACCAUCUUCCAGGACCGUCUCAUCUUCAGUACAGCCUCCUGCGAGCUCAUCUCCAUCGGGAGAUGCAUUUAGCGGUCUGUUGUCGGGAACGCUGGCUUCCAAACCUACCUCACAGAUGACGAUAGCAGAGCGGGCUGCGAAAGCGGAACGAGAGAGGAUGGAAAAGUUGCAACAGUCGCAAUGGACUCCUCCUGUGCAAGCGUCUUCGGCAUGGGAUGGACUGGAUAGUUUGGGCCAGAGAUCUUCUCCAGCCGUGGUGUCGACGUCGCAGUCGCCGUUGAGCGAUAAUGACUGGGGAUUUGGCACACCGAUUCCCGGCGCCUCAAAACUUGCUGCGCCCGUCACUGCUGUCGAUGACGAUGAUUGGGGACUCGGUGAUUUUGGGUCAUCUGCGAGACAGUCGCAAAAAGCAUCUCCAAAGCCAGCGACGCGUGCCCAGAAUAUGUGGGAUCUGGAUGAGCUUUCGAAUGAAGAACCGUUGAGACGAAUGACAGACUCUCCCAGCGACGAUUUUGAUUUUGGAGACCGCGAGGAUGGAUUGUUGGAUUUUCAUGAGCAGGGCAAGGUGCACGAUGACGACAUCCUGGGUGAACUUGGGAGACCCGUUGACGCCGUCCCACGGCGCCCUUCACCAUCGAAUAACCAAAGCUCAGUACCCGCACCGCAAUCCUCUCGUGCAUCUGUCACACGAACCGUCUCUCCUCCUCCCCAUAUUCUUGGGCAACUUGUAGAAAUGGGGUUUUCUAUACAACAGGCCAGGAUAGCUCUCGCUUCAACAGAUUCUGGGCUGGAUGUUGAAGCGGCUCUAGAAACUCUUCUCAACAACGGCGCCGGUAGUAGUUCAAGGCCAACACCUCCGGUACCUCCCCGACGACCACCUCUCUCGGGAAGAGACAGUAGUAACAAUCCAAACCAAUCCAGUACGCGACAUAGAGAGCGCGAGCGAUCUGCAUCUUCCCCAUCAGCAUCUCACGCAGAAAGCAAUAUUCAAGAACAGGCAGACAAGCUUUUGGCUCAAGCAAGCGAGUUGGGUUUGAGUUUCCUCAGUAAAGCAAAUGCCGCUUGGAAAGAAGGUCGGGAACGAGUACAGAAAGCUUACGCCGAGCGAAUUGGGGCGGAUAACGCGGGUGACAGUCGCUCAGGUAAUCGGACAAGCAAUACCCAUGGUCGGCCUAAAUGGAUGCAAAGUGACGAUGGGAUGAAGGUCGAUGAUGAUAGGCCAUCGCAGAAUGGCAGUGCAAGCCGUUUUCCGGAUGAGAGCAGCAAUCGGAAAACGAAGAGUCCAUCGCCAGUAUCGAGCCAAUCAUCAGUCUCACAGCCUAGACCUCAACUAAAUGCUGUUGAUCUCUUUUCAACGGACGAAGCACCAGUCGCAUAUGUGUCCCCCUUCCGACGAGGUAAACCCAAGGCUGCUCCUCCGAUUCAAAAUGCCCAGCCUGCACGUGUACCGACACCGUCCCCGCCCCUGAAACCCCUCAUAGUCGCAUCCCCUUCCUCAAUCUCCACUUCCCAGUCUCAUAAAAACCUCGGAGCUGAGAAAUUCAAACUUGGUCAAUAUGGUGAAGCCGAAUCUGCUUACACGAGAGCUAUAGAAUGCCUACCAUCCGGUCACCUGCUCCUGGUGCUAUUACACAACAACCGAGCUUUGGUUCGCCUAAAAACAGGCGACUACAACGGCGCUGCUGGAGACGCCGGCAUCGUCAUGGAGUUGGUAGGUGAGAACACCUGGCGAGACGAGCAAGUACGAGUGAAGACCUCUGAAGAGGGCGCCGGCGUGGACCUUGGUGAUGGCCUAGUGAAAGCAUGGAGACGACGAGCCGAGGCGUUAGAAGGGCGAGAAAAAUGGGACGAUGCUCGCAAGGACUGGGAGAAGGUCGCCGGGGCCAACUGGGCCGCGUCUAACAUGAGAGGGGAAGGUGUACGAGGGGCCGGACGGUGUCGAAAGAUGGUCGCUGCUGAGAGGCAAGAGACAUCUGGAGUGCCCCCACCGAGAGCCGCUAAACCCAGACCUGCCACUGCCCGACCUCCUCCUAGACGUGGGCCUACCCCGCCUUCGCAGGCGCUCUCGAAUUUGAAGAAAGCCAAUGAUGCGUCAGAGGCUGAGGACAACGCCAAGUAUGAGUUGAAGGACGUGGUUGACAGUAAAUUGUUGGCGUGGAAGGGGGGCAAGGAGACGAACAUCCGUGCAUUGAUUUCGAGUUUGGAUUCGGUGCUUUGGCCUGAGCUUGGUCUGCAGAAGACCAGUAUUGCAGAACUAGUCACGCCUGCGCAGGUCAAGAUCAGGUAUACGAAGGCCAUUGCGAAAUUGCAUCCUGAUAAGCUCAAUCCGAAUAACUCGACUUUGGAGCAGAGGAUGAUUGCCAAUGGAGUGUUUGGCACCCUCAAUGAGGCUUGGAAUGCUUUCAAGCAGUAG